CCGAAAUGAGGGUGGAGGUGAUGGAGUUGCCCAAGUCUCGUAUCAACGCCAGCAUGCUAGCCCAGUCCAUCGACCGGCCCGUCUGCUUCGUAGGGAGGCUGGAAAAGAUUCAUCCCACUGAAAAAAUGUUUAUUCUUUCAGAUGGAGAAGGGAAAAGUGCAACCAUUGAGUUGAUGGAGCCUCUUGAAGAAAUCUCUGGAAUCGUGGAAGUAGUUGGAAGAGUAACAUCCAAGGCAACCAUUAUGUGCUCAUCUUAUGUCCAGUUUAAAGAAGAUAACCAUCCUUUUGAUCUUGGACUUUACAAUGAAGCUGUGAAAAUUAUCCAUGAGUUCCCUCAGUUUUUUCCUUUGGAGGUUAUGCAAUAUGAUUGAUCUUAAUUGCAAAUGAGCUGCAUUGAAGACUGUUAAAGGAGAUCCCUGAUAUUUGAGGGAUAGAUUCUUGCUACUUUUAAUAUUUAAUUUGUUCUCUUUGUAAUUUCAUUUACCUAACUUUAUUAGAUAUUCCAGUAUGCCAUUUUUAAUGGAACUGGUAUAUUGACAGUUCUUUCCUACCUCCUCAUAAAGAAUCACUUAUCUGGCAUAUGGUCAGAUCAAAGAGUAACAAAGCAGUUGUCUGACGUUUGUUUUCUGUUUUAUUAAUAAAAAUUUAAAUGGUA